AUGACCCAGAACAUUGAGAGAGACAAAGCCAUAACAGGACAGAGUCCAGACCAGAUCCAUUCAUGGGCCUCACUCAACAAGGUGUUGAGUCAGUGCUUAGAGAUUUACUUUCAACCCACAGUGACUGGUAAUAAAAUCUUUUUGCUGAACUGUGUGUGGUUCAUAUUUAAUGUUUGUGUAGUUCAGUGGUUCUCAAGUCCAGUCCUGGAGGCCCACUGUCCUGCAUGUUUUGGAUGGUUCCCUGCUCCAACACACCUGAUUCAAAUGAUCAGCUCGUUAUUAAGCCAUUACAGAGCUUGA